UUUGUACAAACUUCAAUACUACCUUAUAGUUCUUGCUUUUUUCCAUCUUCUUUCAGCAGCAACAAUGGCAGCUCCAGAUCCAUCUUUGUUCCUCAUUUCAUUCACUUUUCUCCUCUUCAUUUUCCCUUCUACAACCUCAAAAUCACUAACUUCACCUUCUCCAAUUUCCUCUCCUUCACCAAAACCAUCUCCAAUUCCCACACCUUCAACUCAUUCAUCUUCUCCACUUGACCCAAAACAACUCAAAGCUCUUCAAUCCCUCAAUAUUCCAACAGGUAAAAACCCAUGUAGUCACAACUCAACUAUUGUAUGUGAUUUUUCAACCCCAUUUCGUCACAUUGUUUCACUUACCCUUUCAAACUGUUCAGAUGAUGUUGCUUUAUCUCUUACUGCUCUUAAAUCUUUAUCUACACUUACCAAUUUACAGUUUAUUAACUGUCCCAUUUCACCUAUUCAUUUCCCUUCUCAGCUCAGUUUAAAUCUUAAGUCAUUUACUUGUAUUAAUAGUCUCAAGAAACUUACUGGGGUUUGGUUAAGUAGGUUUAAGAAUGUAAAUGAUUUAACUGUUUCGCGUGUUUCUAUUACUGCUAGUGGUCCUGGUAUAAUUUUGGAUAGUAUUGAGCAUUUGCUUUCUGUUACUAUUUCACAUGCUAAUUUAUCUGGGGUUUUGCCUAAACAUUGGCACCCGAAUCUUAGUUAUGUAGAUUUGUCUGGGAAUAAGUUAAAAGGGAAAAUUCCCAGUUCGUUAACUGAGCUUGAGAAUCUUGUUUUCUUGAAUCUUUCGUCGAAUUCUCUUAAUGAGACAAUUCCAACUUCAUUUGGUGACUUGUCUUCUUUGCAAAAUGUAUCGUUGGCUUCGAAUUCGUUGUCCGGAUCCAUUCCUGAUUCGAUUGCUGCUAUCCCGGGUUUAGUUCAUCUUGAUCUGGGGUCUAAUCAGCUUAAUGGGACUAUUCCGAAAUUCAUUUCGGAUAUGAAGAGGUUGAAAUACUUGAAUCUUGAGAAGAAUAACUUUCAUGGGAUUUUGCCUUUUAAUGCGUCGUUUAUAAAGAAAUUGGUUGUGUUGAAAGUGGGUGAAAAUUCUAAUCUUUGUUACAAUCACUCAACGUUGUCUAAGAAAGUGAAACUUGGCAUUGCGCCUUGUGAUAAACACGGAUUGCCUAUAUCGCCUCCGCCUUCAAAGGACAUAAGUUCGGAUGAUGAUGAGGACGACUCUGAUUAUGCUGACGAUGAAAGUCCACACCAACAACGUAGUCAUGGACCAAGUAAGGUUGUUCUUGGUAUUGCCAUUGCACUUUCCUCAAUUGUGUUUUUGAUUAUUUUCUUGGUUCUGUUGGCCAAAUGCUGUAAAUGAGUACAAAAACAGAAUCUUGGUUGGUUUAGUUUAGGAAAUUUCUUAAUUGGAUAUGUGAUUUGUUUUAGUUAAUUAUACAGUUGUACCUUGAAAAAAGUAGAAGAUGUGGUUACUCUAUUUGGUGUGAUUCUUUUUAGCUGUUUUGCCGUAGGAGGAAGCUCCAUUUUCAGCUUUCGUCUAGGCUAAAGUGAUUCUUAAGUGUAUGAGGGGAGAAAUUGCUUAUUGAUGAAUAUUUUUAUAUAUAUGUUUUUUUCGAUGGA